CAGGAUCCGAAGAGUUGAAUCCAACGGCCAAGAUUAACUCAAAGCUUGAAAGAGGUAAGGGAACGUUAAAAGCACCUUCCAAGCGAGAGUAAGGAGAUAAACCUACUUCCUUUCCUUGCUUCAGCUCCCCUUUUCUUAUCCGGAAACCAAAAACUUCCGGUGAUAAAACCUCCUUCGUCAUCUCUCUACUUCUGUUAGUUUCUUAAUCCUUACUCUUGGAAUAGUUUAUCCUCUGCAUUUUUUAGUGCCACAGUUUAUGUGUGUAUGUUUUGUUUGGAUAAGAAUUUGUUGUAAGCUUUUGAAAACUUGUAUUAGUUCAUUACUUCCAUGAUUUUGGGUGUUUUGUAAUAAAAUUUAUGGAUUAGUGUUUCUUCAGAUUGUCAAUUGUGUUCUUAUUGAGCUCUGCUUUCGAAGGUGUCGCCUUUCUUCUGUGGAUAAAAUGGCGUCAACUUUCACUGCCACAUCUUCUAUUGGUUCAAUGGUUGCUCCGAAUGGUCACAAAUCUGAUAAGAAACUUAUCAGCAAGUUGUCUUCAAGCUCAUUUGGAAGGAGACAAAGUGUGUGUCCUAGACCCAGAAGAUCCAGUUCUGCAAUUGUGUGCGCAGCAAAGGAAUUACAUUUCAACAAAGAUGGGACUACCAUUAGGAGACUUCAAGCUGGUGUCAACAAGCUCGCAGAUCUUGUUGGUGUUACACUUGGACCCAAAGGACGAAAUGUUGUUCUUGAGAGCAAGUAUGGAUCACCACGAAUUGUUAAUGAUGGUGUGACUGUUGCAAGAGAGGUUGAGUUGGAAGACCCGGUUGAGAACAUUGGCGCUAAGCUUGUGAGGCAAGCGGCUGCCAAAACCAAUGACUUGGCUGGUGACGGUACAACAACAUCUGUUGUUCUUGCACAAGGUUUUAUCGCUGAGGGUGUCAAGGUGGUAGCUGCUGGUGCAAACCCUGUUUUGAUCACCAGAGGUAUUGAGAAGACAGCAAAGGCUUUGGUUACCGAGCUCAAGAAAAUGUCUAAGGAGGUUGAAGACAGUGAACUUGCAGAUGUUGCAGCUGUUAGUGCGGGUAACAACGACGAAAUUGGAAAUAUGAUUGCUGAAGCAAUGAGCAAAGUGGGCAGGAAAGGUGUGGUGACCCUUGAGGAGGGUAAAAGUGCCGAGAACAACCUCUACGUCGUAGAAGGAAUGCAAUUUGACCGUGGUUAUAUCUCUCCUUACUUUGUGACAGACAGCGAGAAAAUGUCCGUCGAGUUCGACAAUUGCAAGUUACUUCUCGUUGACAAGAAAAUUACCAAUGCAAGGGAUCUUGUUGGUGUUUUGGAGGAUGCAAUUAGAGGCGGAUACCCAAUAUUAAUUAUUGCUGAAGACAUUGAACAAGAAGCUUUAGCGACUCUUGUUGUAAACAAGCUUAGAGGUACACUGAAGAUAGCAGCUCUCAGAGCUCCAGGGUUUGGAGAGCGCAAGAGCCAAUACCUUGAUGAUAUUGCCAUUCUAACUGGAGCAACUGUGAUCCGUGAGGAAGUUGGUCUUUCACUUGACAAAGCUGGAAAAGAGGUUCUUGGUAAUGCUUCAAAGGUUGUCCUCACAAAGGAGACCUCGACCAUAGUGGGUGAUGGAAGCACACAGGAUGCAGUGAAAAAGCGUGUUACACAGAUUAAAAAUCUUAUUGAGCAAGCGGAGCAAGAUUACGAGAAGGAGAAACUCAAUGAGAGAAUUGCAAAGCUCUCUGGUGGAGUUGCUGUGAUUCAGGUUGGAGCACAAACUGAGACAGAACUCAAAGAGAAGAAGUUGAGAGUUGAAGAUGCUCUUAAUGCAACAAAGGCCGCUGUCGAGGAAGGUAUUGUUGUUGGUGGUGGUUGCACUCUGCUUCGUCUUGCUUCCAAGGUUGAUGCCAUUAAAGCCACGCUUGAUAAUGAUGAAGAAAAGGUUGGAGCGGAUAUAGUUAAAAGAGCACUAAGUUACCCCCUAAAACUAAUCGCCAAGAAUGCUGGUGUUAAUGGAAGUGUAGUUAGCGAGAAGGUGCUUUCCAACGAUAACGUGAAAUUCGGUUACAAUGCUGCAACCGGCAAGUACGAGGAUUUGAUGGCUGCAGGAAUCAUCGAUCCAACAAAGGUUGUGAGAUGUUGCUUGGAACACGCAGCUUCGGUUGCAAAGACUUUCUUGAUGUCGGACUGCGUUGUUGUUGAGAUCAAGGAACCUGAACCAGUUCCCGUCGGCAACCCAAUGGACAACUCAGGAUAUGGAUACUAAGAGGAGAUAGGCUAAUAUUGAAACGGAUUACUUUAGCUUGCGAGUGUAAUGAUUUUGAACAAGAGAAUGUGUAAUGUGAAACUGAAAUUUUGAAUUAAUCAUCAUAUGAAUAAAUCAUGAUUCCCUCAAUGCUUCGAAAUAUCUCGAAAUCGCC